AUUUUUUGCAGCUACCAAAAAGUAGUUUCUCUUUUUAGAGUUCAGUGUGCUGAACGUGAUUGUGAGCGCUUGUUGUUUCCAAGUCUUAGUUCUUUUGUAGACACUGUGUUUGUAGUUCAACGCAAUGCCUCCACCACAAGCAGGCAGGGGUUCCCGCGGGGCUCGCGGAAAGGUGUUUGUGGGAGGCGCUGGCAAAGAUAUGGAUGAUGAUGCUUUGAAGGAUGUGUUUGAGAAGUUUGGAGAGCUAGUUGAUUGGGUCAUCAUCCGUGACCGAGAAACUCGCCAGUCGCGUGGCUUUGGCUUUGUGACGUUCCAGGAUCCGCAGCAUGCGAAGAUUGCUAUUGAGAAAAUGAACCAUCACGAAAUCAAUGGUCGGCAAUUGCAUGUGGUUGCAGCUGCGGCCCGUGAAGGGGAUGAUGAGUUUGGAAGACCUACAGAACGCCGCCGCAAUGAUUAUCACCGUGAUGCCAGGCACUCGCCGGGCGAGCGCCGUCAUCCAGAAGACCGGUACCACGACCGUAGGCCGCCGUUUGACGAACGGCCACCGUACAGUGAGCGGAUGGCAUCCCGCCGUGACUUUGACAGGGAGCCGCAUCGCCCGGAUCACCGCCACUAUGACGAGCCGCCGCGGCGCUACGAAGAACGCCCGCCGCCACCCCGGUAUGAAGAGCGCCCAGCUCCACCGCGCUACGAAGAGAGAGGUCCUCCUCCGCCGAGGCAUGAUGAUCGCUUCGCGCCACCCAGACGUGAUGACCGCCCUCCUCCACCACGGCGUGAGGAGCCACGAUAUGAGGAGCGCCCAGCUCCUCCUGCCCGACCAGAGGAAAGACCUGCUCCACCACGCUAUGAAGAGAGGCCAGCAGCGCCGCGGUAUGAAGAAAGAGCUCCUGCGCCAAGGUAUGAAGAGCGUCCUCCCCAGCCUGCCUACGAAAGCCAAGCGCGUGCGCCAGUGUACGAGGAUCGGCAGCCCGCCCCCAAGUAUCAGGAUGUGGGUGCACCGGGACACCCGCGUGUUGACAGCCGUCCCAUGCCUGGCAGUGCAGUGCCCAGCCGUGCUGAUGACCGGGUCCCUCCAGCACAGCAGCCACCUGCACGCCGUCGUCCCGAGCACGCUGUGUAUGACACUGGUGUUCCCUUGGAAAGACCAGCUGCCUCUGGCGCCCGACCAGCCGCACCAGCGCAGCCUACACAGUACUCUGCACAGCCAGCGCACGAUCGAGCAUCUUACGGCGAUCGAAGCAUGCCUCCUCCAGCUGCUGCCAGUGCUCCCACUCGCCAACCUGCUUCCUAUCAGGCGAGCAGGCCCAGUGAGCCGUCGGACUCGCGCAGCAGUUAUCAAUCGCCUAACCGCUACCCGUCGUCCAAUCCCGAGUAUGGCCAGCCAUCUUCUGACUAUGGACGCCCUGCAACCUCCCAGCCACCCCGAGCACAGCAGCCACCACAACAGCAGCAGCCACCGCAACAGCAGCAGCAGCCACCGCAGCGUGCCCACCCUGCUGAACGUGCGCCAGCGUACAAUGGAGGACAGCAGCAGCAGCAGCAGCCGGCAGAUUAUGAAUACAGAGAGAGGAGAGCUCCCAACUCCGAUGCACACUACGCCCCAAAUGCUGCACAGCGACCCGCAACUAAUGAGUAUGCUCGUCCUGCUCCCGCUGCUGCUAGUCGAGCACCAUCACGUGCCCCAGCACCCUACCAAGGUGGAUCAGACACCUAUGUUAAUGAAGGUCGCAGUGCGGCUGGAUACAAUGGGUCUGGUGCUGGCAACAGUUAUCCCGGCGGGUAUGGACGCUCUGAUGCACCUGCCAGCCGACCACCAUACUAGGGAGAAGCUCGCUGCGUUGCAACGCUCUUUUAAGCACCCAGAGCAGGCGACAAUGAGGUGGCUUGAAGUGCCAGGGAAAACAUGAAAUAGACUUCAGUGUUGCACUGCUUGUGUGAGGACAGGAAGGAAAUAUGGAAGAUGACGAAGAGAAGGAUGCGAUCGCAAGAAAAAGAAGGAAUAUUCGGAGUUCGUUAUGAAAGAGGAAAGAGAAGGUGAAACACAAGUUACUGUACCCUGUGCACAAGUCUGGUUCUCUAAUCACUGAGUGUGACACAACUGCUACCAAUCCAAACAUAGCCCGCUGCUUUCAUUCCUUUGUUUGCCUUUAGUUUUAUUUGCGUGCACUUGCUCUGCAGCUUAUUCACCAUCCGUGCUCCCGUGCCUAUCCCCCACCAGUUCCACCGCGUGUUCUUUUUGUGUGUUUUCAUAUCUCGUCUAACCUCUCCGCGGCUCCUCUUGCACCCUAUUUUUUCAGUGUAUUGCCUUGUCCACUCCCCCCCCCCCCCCCUUGCACGGUAUAUUGUCGUGCGGGCUUAUCUAGCACAGGUUGGUAUUUGUAUACGACCUUUGCAUGACAUAGUGCAGGGUUGGCAUUCCUGUUUUGUUUCUUUGUUUUGUCUUUUCUCGUUUUGCACUUAUUGCCCAUUUCUGCUUUAGCUUUAGAGGGUGUGAAGUCGAUAAAAAAAAUUAUCUGAGGCACUGUA